CGCGGGCGUGCCUCUGAAGGCGCGUGCCCGUCAGCGUGAGCCCAUCAGCUCUCCAUCAGUCUGCUCAGGGAGGGUCUCCACCGGACCAGAACCCUCCGGUCCGGAUCCGAGCUGCGGUCCGGCUGCGGCUCUUUGGGCGCGGCAGCAGCGGGGCGAUGCGCUCGUCAGGCCGGGAACCAGCGCUCAUCUCCGGGGGCUGCUCUCCUCCUCUGCCCGCUCAGCGUGCACCAUCUGCGGGGAUUAAACGUUUGUCUGUGUCGCUGCCUGGCGCUCCGGUGGUUUCCCGGCGGACAGCCGCCGCCUCCGGUGCUCCGGGGGUGAUUUUCUCCUCCGGUUUCCCGGUGGGGAGGAUGUGAGCCGGGAUCCGGGAGGAGCGAGCGCCGCUCGGGGAGAGGAUGAGGAUUAUCCUGCAGCGGGAUUAUUUUUCCAGCAUCAGGAAUCUGGACGGGAAACAGGAAAACCGGAAUUCCUCUGAUUCAGGAAAAAGUUGAUUUGAUGAGCAGGAGGAUGAAGAUGAUCCUCCAGAACUUCCUCUGGCUUCAGAUCAGAAGUUUAACUGUUUCCGUCCAGAACCUGACCCGUUUAUCAUGACUGGAGGAGCCAGACUGGACCUCGGUUCUGGUUCCACUUCCUCCGAACUUUAAUCUGAUUUAACUGAAACAUGGUGAAGAAUAAGAGAAAACUUUUUGAGUAAGACCAGAACCGGACCCAUCUACACUGAUAGAACUCUUAAUCCGGUCCGGUUCCAGAGUCACACCCAGAACCAGAACCAGGAGGGGGCGGGCCCGGCGGGCCGGCAUGUCGGAGCGCAGCGCCCCGGCCUGCCGCCUCAGACUGGACUGGGUCUACGGGUACCGGGGCCACCAGUGCCGGAACAACCUGUUCUACACGGCCGGGAAGGAGCUGGUCUACUUCGUGGCCGGAGUGGGCGUGGUCUACAACACCCGCGAGCACAGCCAGCGGUUCUACCUGGGCCACAACGAUGACAUCAUCAGCCUGGCGCUGCACCCAGAGCGCCUCCUGGUGGCCACAGGCCAGGUGGGCAGGGAUCCCUAUGUGUGUGUGUGGGACUCGUUCACCGCGCAGACAGUCAGCCUGCUGAGGGACGGACACACACACGGCAUCGCCUGCCUGGGCUUCAGCGCCGACGGACAGCGGUUGGUGUCGGUCGGGUUGGACGCCAAGAACACAGUUUGUAUCUGGGAGUGGAGGAAAGGGAAGAUCCUGGCCUCAGCCAGCGGACACUCGGACCGGAUCUUUGAUGUUUGCUGGGAUCCGUUUCAGCAGAACCGCCUGGUGAGCUGUGGCGUCAAACACAUCAAGUUCUGGUCGCUCUGUGGGAACGCGCUGACGCCGAAGCGAGGGAUCUUCGGGAAGACGGGCGACCUGCAGACCAUCCUGUGUGUGGCGUCGGCUAAAGAUGACGUCACGUACUCCGGCGCGCUCAACGGAGACGUCUACGUGUGGAGAGGCCUGACGCUGCUGAGGACGGUCCAGUCGGCCCACGGGGCCGGGAUCUUCAGCUUGUUUUCCUGUGAGGAAGGAUUCGCCACCGGAGGCAGAGACGGCUGCAUCCGGCUCUGGGACGUCGACUUCAAACCCGUCACCAAGAUCGACCUGAGGGAGGCCGAGCAGGGAUACAAGGGUCUGUCCAUCCGGAGCGUCUGCUGGCGAGCCGACCGGAUCCUGGCAGGAACUCAGGACAGCGAGAUCUUUGAGGUGAUGGUGCGAGAGCGCGACAAGCCGCUGCUCAUCAUGCAGGGUCACAGCGAGGGCGAACUCUGGGCUCUGGACGUUCAUCCCAAAAAACCUCUGGCUGUAACCGGCAGCGACGACCGAUCCGUCAGGUUGUGGAGCCUGGUCGACCACGCCCUCAUCGCGCGCUGCAACAUGGAGGAGGCGGUCCGCAGCGUGGCGUUCAGCCUGGAUGGAUCCCAGCUGGCUCUGGGGAUGAAGGACGGAUCCUUCACCGUGCUGAGAGUCAGGGACAUGACGGAGGUCGUCCACAUCAAGGACAGGAAGGAGGUGAUCCAUGAGAUGAAGUUCUCUCCAGACGGGGCGUAUCUAGCUGUCGGCUCCAACGACGGCCUGGUGGACGUUUACGCCGUCGCCCAGAGAUACAAGAAGGUGGGAGAAUGCAGUAAAUCCACCAGUUUCAUCACACACCUGGACUGGACUGUGGACGGGAAGAUCCUGCAGAGCAACGACGGAGCUGGAGAACGCCUCUUCUACCGGAUGCCCAUGGGGAAACCCAUCACCAACGAGGAGGUUAAAGGUCAGCGCUGGGCCUCCUGGAGCAGCGUCCUGGGGUCAGAGGUCAGCGGCAUCUGGCCAAAGUACUCUGACUCGACGACUGUCAACGCGGUGGAUGCCAACCUGUCAGCCGGCGUCCUGGUGUCCGGGGACGACCUGGGCCUGGUGAAGCUGUACCGCUUCCCCUGCCUGCGGAAAGGAGCCAAAUUCAAGAAGUACCUGGGCCACUCGGCGCACGUCACCAACGUCCGCUGGUCCAGCGACCUGCAGAGCGUCCUGACCACCGGCGGAGCCGACCACGCCCUCUUCCAGUGGCGCUUCCUGCCGGAGGACGGGACGGGCGGAGCGCCGGAUGGAAACACAGCAGAGAGUCUCGGUGACUCCAACAGUGAAGAGUCGGACAGCGACGCCUCCGACGUCCCGGAGCUCGACUCCGACAUCGAACAGGAAACGCAGAUCAACUACGAGCGGCAGGUCUAUAAGGAGGAUCUGCCUCAGCUGCAGCAGCAGAGCAGAGAGAAGAAGCAGCAGGUUGGAUCCCUGAAGAGGCAGAGCGGACCGGACCAGGGCCUGCGCCUGCAGUUUGUUCACGGUUACCGUGGUUACGACUGCAGGAACAACCUGUUCUACGCCCAGAGCGGUGAGGUGGUGUACCAUGUGGCCGCGGUGGGCGUGGUUUACAACCGGCAGCUGCACAGCCAGCGGUUCUACCUCGGCCAUGACGACGACAUCCUGAGCCUCAGCAUCCACCCACUGAAGGACUACGCCGCUACGGGACAGGUGGGCAGAGACCCGGCCGUCCAUGUCUGGGACGUCCAGACCCUGAAGUGUCUGUCCCUGCUGAGGGGUCAGCACCAGAGAGGCGUCUGCGCUCUCGACUUCUCAGCCGAUGGGAAGACUCUGGUGUCUGUUGGAGUCGAUGACGAACAUUCGAUCGUCGUUUGGGACUGGAAACGAGGAGAGAAGCUGGCAACAGCCCGGGGACAGAAGGACAAAAUCUUCGUGGUGAAAUGUAACCCAGUGAUGAUGGACAGACUGGUGACUGUGGGGAUCAAACACAUCCGAUUCUGGCAGCAUGCAGGGGGCGGCCUGACCUUCAGGCGCGGUGCGUUCAGGAGCGUGGGUCGUCCGGAGACCAUGAUGUCGGUGUGUUACGGCCGCAGCGAGGCGCUGGUUUUCUCCGGCGCCGCCAACGGAGACGUUUACAUCUGGAAGGAACCGAUCCUGCUGAAGACGGUGAAGGCUCACGACGGGCCGGUGUUCGCCAUGUUCUCCCUGGACAAGGGUUUUGUGACGGGAGGGAAAGACGGAGUGGUGGAGCUGUGGGACGACAUGUUCGACCGCUGCCUGAAGACGUACGCCAUCAAGAGGACGGCUCUGUCCCCGGGGUCCAAAGGCCUUCUGCUGGAGGACAACCCGUCCAUCAGAGCCAUCACUCUGGGCCACGGACACAUCCUGGUCGGCACCAAGAACGGAGAAGUUCUGGAGAUCGACAAGACCGGACCCAUGACCCUGCUGGUGCAGGGUCACAUGGAGGGGGAGGUCUGGGGUCUGGCCGCCCAUCCGCUGCUUCCUGUCUGCGUCACUGUCAGCGACGACAAAACGCUCCGACUGUGGGAGACGUCGGCCAACCACCGCAUGGUGGCGGUCCGCAAGCUGAAGAGAGGCGGCCACUGCUGCUCCUUCUCCCCUGAGGGCAAAGCGCUGGCGGUGGGGCUGAGCGACGGCGCCGUCCUGGUGGUGAACGCCGACACGCUGGAGGAUCUGCUGAGCUUCCACCACCGCCGAGACGCCAUCUCUGACGUCCGCUUCAGCCCAGAUCCAGGUAAAUACCUGGCCGUGGCGUCACAUGACAGCUUCGUCGACAUCUACCACGUGUUGAGCACCAAGCGGGUCGGGAUCUGCAAAGGAGCGUCCAGCUACAUCACACACAUCGACUGGGACGCCCGAGGUAAACUGCUGCAGGUUAACACCGGAGCCAAGGAGCAGCUGUUCUUUGAAGCCCCCAGAGGAAGAAGACAAACCAUCCAGAACUCUGAGCUGGAGCGGGUGGACUGGUCCAGUUGGACCUGUGUUCUGGGCUCCAGCUGUGAGGGAAUAUGGCCGACUCACAGUGACAUCACCGACAUCAACGCCGCAUCGCUCACCAGAGACCGAACGCUGCUCGCCACCGGAGACGACUUUGGCUUCCUGAAGCUGUUCAGCUACCCAGUCAGAGGUCAGUUCGCCCGUUUUAAGCGCUACGUUGGCCACAGCGCUCAGGUGACCAACGUCCGCUGGGCUCAGGAUGAUUCCGCCCUGCUGACGGUGGGCGGAGCCGACACCGCCCUGAUGGUCUGGGCCAGGGAGCGAGGAGGCGGAGUCAGCAGGGAGCUGGACCCGCUGCCGGGCGCCGACAGCGAGGAGUCAGAGGACGACAUCGAGGAGGACGGAGGUUACGACAGUGACGUUGCCAGAGAGAAGACGGUGGAUUACGUGACGAAGAUGUUUGCAGUGAGCAUCAGAGAGAUGAGAGGAACCAAACCUCACCAGCAACUGAAGGAGCUUUCAGCUGAGGAGAGGUAGGAGCCGUAAACAUGGCCGCUCUGAUUCAUGGACAGUCUGAAUCCUCCAGACGGUACGGCUUUGAUUCAGAGCUCAUGAAAACCGCUGAUGACUUUACUGCCCAGGAGGAGAUGACUGGUUCCUCUGACUCAGCAGGAAAACAGUCCAUAAAGUGACAAUCUGGCCGGAUUCCAGACACAAAUGAGAGAAAUUCAUUAAUUACUCAUUUAAACUGUCCAAUAGAGGAAUGUUUACCUUCCUGUGAGUCUAAAACCAGGCUCCCCCUGGUGUCUAAAGAUGGUACUGCACCGCCAGAUGGCUGGAGAGAGUCUGACCUUUAAACUGCAGCGUUUGAGUUUUAGUCCCUUUCUUCAGUUUUCCUGAAGCCUGAACUGAACUGGAGCUAAACUUCAGCUGCUCCUCUUCCUGUUCCUGCUGAGUUGGAUCCAUGGGAAUCAACACAUCUCUGUUUAUAUCCUCUGCAUGAUCUGUGACUGUUUUCUCCUUAAACUCUGAAAGCUGCCUUCAGUUCAUCAUCGGUUCCUUAAAGGUCAAAUCCAUCCUCUGACCUUCCUCAUAUAUUUUUCACAAAUAUAUUUCAAAAAGGGAAAAAAUCUCCCUUUUCCCUUUUUUUCUACAAUAAAAGUGAUAAAAUAUUUUCCUGCUCAUUUCAGUCUUGAUAGUUUUAUCCACCAGUCUGAGCCUCUAAGCUUCUUCAUUUUCUCCUCAGGAUUUAUCUUCUGCUCCUUUGCUGCUUGUUUCUUUCUCUCCCUGUUUGGUUAGUUUUUCUCUUCCACCACUGAAACCAGAUUCUCCUUAAAAGACUAAAAGCUUCUAGUUUACGGUGCAGAAGAACAAUACGAUAUCAGUCCAACCACUUAAAUACCAUUGAGAGGCUUCAUGUUUCACAAAAGCAUGAAGUGCCUGUGUGUGUGUGUGUGUGUGUGUGUGU